AGAACUUCUGAAGUGGAAUGGAUGGGGAUAUAAUGACUCCAAAUUCAUCUUCAAUAAGAAAGGUCAAGCAGAAUUCACAGGAAAAAGGUACAGAUUAGGUGGUAUGGUAUUACCAACUUUUAAGGAAUGGAUAGAAAAAACCUUUGGAGCAAGUCUGGAGCACAAAACUACCUCUAGAGCAUCCUUAAAUGUUAAUGAUGUACCUCCAUCCAUUGUAAAUGAAGAAUUUCUUCAUGAUCUUAGAGCCACUAAAAUCUCAUAUUCGCAGGAUGCAGAAGAUAGAGUAUUCAGAGCUCAUGGUCACUGCCUACAUGAGAUAUUUGUACUCAGGGAAGGAAUGUUUAAGCGAAUUCCUGAUAUAGUUGUAUGGCCUGUUUGCCAUGAAGACGUAGUUAAAAUUGUGGAAUUAGCCUGCAAACACAAUCUCUGCAUAAUACCAUUUGGUGGAGGGACAAGUGUGUCUAGUGCCCUUGAAUGUCCUGAAGAAGAAAAAAGAACAAUUGUCUCACUGGAUACAUCACAAAUGAAUCGGAUUCUUUGGAUAGAUGAGAAAAACUUAACAGCUUGUGUGGAAGCCGGCAUUGUUGGACAGGAUCUGGAAAAACAGCUUGCUGAAAGUGGCUUCUGUACAGGCCAUGAACCAGAUUCCAUGGAGUUCAGUUCACUAGGAGGAUGGGUAGCAACACGAGCAUCAGGCAUGAAAAAAAACAUCUAUGGAAACAUUGAAGAUCUGGUGAUCCACAUAAAAAUGGUAACUCCUAGAGGAGUAGUAGAAAAAAACUGUCAAGUACCUCGCAUGUCAACAGGACCUGACAUCCAUCACUUCAUUAUGGGAUCUGAAGGAACUCUGGGAGUGGUUACUGAAGUUACAAUAAAGAUUCGCCCAGUCCCUGAAUACCAGAAGUAUGGCUCUGUGGUUUUCCCCAACUUUGAACGAGGGGUGGCCUGCUUAAGGGAGGUGGCAAAGCAGAGGUGUGCUCCUGCAUCAAUUCGCCUUGUUGACAAUGCACAGUUUCAGUUUGGUCAUGCUCUUAAACCACAAGUUGCUUCCAUUUUUACAUCAUUUUUGGAUGGACUGAAAAAAUUCUACAUCACAAAGUUUAAAGGAUUUGAUCCCAACAUACUGUGUGUGGCUACCUUGCUCUUUGAGGGUGAUAGAGAAAAGGUUCUUCAGCAUGAAAAGCAAGUCUAUGAUAUUGCCACCAAGUUUGGUGGCUUGGCAGCAGGAGAAGAUAAUGGACAGAGAGGGUAUAUGCUGACGUUUGUAAUCGCUUAUCUUCGGGACUUGGGCCUGGAUUACUAUGUAAUAGGAGAAUCAUUUGAGACAUCUGUUCCUUGGGAUAGGGUUUUGGACCUCUGUAGGAAUGUCAAGGAAAGGAUAGUAAGAGAAUGCAAAGAAAAGGGUGUUCAGUUUGCUCCUCUUUCCACCUGCAGGGUGACACAGACUUAUGAUGCAGGUGCAUGUGUCUACUUCUACUUUGCGUUUAACUACAGAGGAAUUAGUGAUCCUAUUCAUGUCUAUGAACAAAUUGAGAGGGCUGCUAGAGAAGAAAUACUUGCCAAUGGAGGAAGUCUGUCACAUCACCAUGGAGUAGGCAAAUUGCGGAAGCGCUGGAUGAAGGAAAGCAUCUCUGAUGUUGGCCUGGGAAUGCUGAGAUCUGUUAAGGAAUAUGUGGACCCCAAUAACAUCUUUGGAAACAAAAAUCUUUUAUAAAGCCUCGCACAUCAUGAUGUACUAAAACUUCUUCAAAAUUACUGUUGAAAUUCCUCCACUUUCAUUGUAUUGAUAUCCCAGUAAUCAAAUAUAACAUAGACUAAACUUUAAAAGCCUAGUAACUUACAUUGAUUUUUUUUUUUUUUUUUUUUUGCCACUUCCUUCCUCCUCCCCCCAAUAAAGCGUAAACAUCACAGAUAAUGUUUAUGGAUUUUUACUUA